AUGAAGAAAGUGUUAGUACUCGGGCGAGCUGGAAUUGGAAAAUCAACGUUUUGCCAAUACGUUACUUACCGAUGGGCAAAAGGCGAACUUUGGCCACAAUAUAAGCUGAUUAUUUUGAUUCACUUACGAAAUUUGACAGAAUAUAACUAUCCAUCUGGAAAGAAAUACUUACCAUUUGAUCUGGUGAAGGAAGAAUAUUUCCCUUUUCAUAAUUUAUCACAAAUAGAUCCAUCGGUCUUCGAAGAACAUUUCGAAAAAUGUCAGAUUCUUUGGAUACUCGAUGGUUAUGAUGAGUUUGCUCAAAACCCUCUAGAACACUUAAAGAAGCUAUUCGAUUAUAUACUUGACACACAACAUCAUAUAUUGACAUCACGUCCUUACGCGAUUACACUAUCUUACAAUGUCAAAAUGGAAAUGACAGGAUUCACAAAUGAUAAUAUUGUUAAGUAUAUCGAGCAGUUCUUUGAGCAAAUGAAAGAUGACAUGGAAGAUGCUUCGAUCAAAGGGCAAAAUCUUCUAACACUCCUUAAGUCUAAUUCAAGUAUUUGGGGUGUUGCUCAUAUACCAGUAAAUCUUGAAUUGAUAUGUAGUCUUUGGAGUGAUCAUGAUUGGUCAAAAACGAAAGCGUUGACUAUCACAGCAUUGUAUGACAGCAUAAUAGAAUGGUUAUGUCGCCGGCAUCUAUCAAGAAAAAAUAUUAAACAUGAACGAAAGAGAAAGAAAGCUCUUUAUGAGCUGUGCGAGGCCGAGUUGCAAUUCUUAGAAGUUUUAGCUUUCAAAGCAAUGGAAAGCAAUCAAAUUAUUUUACCACCCACACUUCUUGAAGAAACAGAAAAGGAAACCCACUACAAUUUAGACGAACAACCAGAAUUAUUGAACAUUGGAAUUCUUAAGUCUUAUGGCGACAACUCCACCAGCAAUCAAGUAACACCUGAACAGCAACAUUAUUUUGUUCAUCUUAGUUUUCAGGAACACUUUGCAGCACGUCACUUGCUUAAAACACUCAAUAGUUCCAAUAAACAAAAAGCAAUAAAUUUUAUAAAUAAUCAUAAAUACAACCAACGUUUCCUCUUAGUCUUUAUUUUUGCUUCUGGCCUUCUUGCACAAUCCGACUAUGCAUCAUUGAUCGACAGAUUUUGGUCCACCAUGCACGGAGAACCCAUAGAUAUUAUCGGCCUAAAACACAUCAAACUUAUCAUUGAAUGUUUCGAAGAGCUCGCUAAUCAAACAGUGUUUCCCCAAAGACCAAGCCUUCUCCGAAUCAUAGCGCAGUGGUUGGAUAUAUGCACCAAGUCCCAUGUAUCCGCAAUCACAAAAAAUCUCAUGGAAUCGAUCUCACGUGCAACCUCUUUAGGAAACACAGCGAUAAUACAAAAGGCCCUCGUUCACCUCUUGCAAAGUGAAAAUGAACAAACUCAAAACUCUGCACUACAAAUUAUAUCCAAUUUCACCAUCAUUGAGCCCCCACCUCAUUUUUUAUCGGCAAUUCUGGCUCUCCUUCGACCCGACAACUCACGUGACCUCAAAGAACGUGCCUGUAACCUACUUGGAAAGAUUGCUGAAAAAGCAGUAACGGAUGAGGUCAUUACUGCUCUCAUCAAUGCACUUCAAAAUCAACAUUCCUGGAUUAGGAAGAAAGCAUGUGAAGCUCUUGGAAAGAUUGGUGAAAAAGCAGCAACGACUGAGGCCAUUACUGCUCUCCUCAAUGCACUUCAGGAUCAAGACGAAUGGGUCAUAUGCGAAGCCAAUGAAGCUCUUCAAAAGAUUGUAGGAAAAGCAGCAACGAAUGAGGUCAUUACUGCUCUCCGCAAUGCACUUCAACAUGAACUCUCAGAAGUCAGGGGGAGCGCCUGUGAAGCUCUUGGAAACAUUGGUGAAAAAGCAGCGACGAAUGAGGUUGUUACUGCUCUCCUAAAUGCACUUCAAGAUAAAGCUUCCUGGAUUAGGACGAAAGCAUGUGAAGCCCUAGGAAAGAUUGGUGAGAAAGCAGCAACGAAUGAGGUCAUUACUGCUCUCCGCAAUGCACUUCGAGAUCAAGACUAUCGUGUCAGAUCGGGAGCCUGUGAUUUUCUCGGAAACAUUGGUGAAAAAGCAGCAACGAAUGAGGUUGUUACUGCUCUCCUCAAUGCACUUCGAGAUCAAGACUAUCAUGUCAGAUCGGGAGCCUGUGAAGCUCUUGGAAAGAUUGGUGAAAAAGCAGCAACGAAUGAGGCUAUUACUGCUCUCCUCAAUGCACUUCAAGAUCAAUACUCAAGUGUCAUAGAGCGAGCCGGUGAAGCUCUUCAAAAUAUUGUUAGAAAAGCAGCAACGAAUAAGGUCAUUAGUGCUCUCCUCAAUGCACUUCGAGAUCAAGAUUCGUGGAUCAGGGGCAAAGCAUCAGAAGCUCUUGGAGAGAUUCGUGAAAAAGCAGCAACGAAUGAGGUCAUUAGUGCUCUGCUCAAUGCACUUCAAGAUCAAGACUGGAGAGUCAGAACAGGAGCCUGUAAAGCUCUUGGAGAGAUUGGUGAAAAAGCAGCAACGAAUGAGGUCAUCUGUGCUCUGCUCAAUGCACUUCGAGAUCAAGACUAUCAUGUCAGAUCGGGAGCCUGUGAAGUUCUUGGAAAGGUUGGUGAAAAAGCAGCAACGAAUGAGGUGAUUACUGCUCUCCGCAAUGCACUUCAAGAUCAAGAUUCGAAUGUCAUAUGGCGAGCCGGUGAAGCUCUUCAAAAUAUUGUUGGAAAAGCAGCAACGAAUGAGGUCAUUAGUGCUCUCCUCAAUGCACUUCGAGAUCAAGACUAUCAUGUCAGAUGGGUAGCCCAUAAAGCUCUUCGAGAGGUUGGUGAAAAAGCAGCAAAGAAUGAGGUCAUUAGUGCUCUGCUCAAUGCACUUCAAGAUCAAGACUGGAGAGUCAGAACGGGAGCCUGUAAAGCUCUUGGAGAGAUUGGUGAAAAAGCAGCAACGAAUGAGGUCAUUUGUGCUCUGCUCAAUGCACUUCGAGAUCAACACUCGAAUGUCAGAUCGGGAGCCUGUGGAGGUCUUCGAAAGAUUGUUGGAAAAGCAGCAACGAAUGAGGUCAUUAGUGCUCUCCUCAAUGCACUUCAAGAUGAACUCUAUGAAGUCAGGGAGAGAGCCUGUGAAGCUCUUGGAAAGAUUAGUGAAAACGUAGCAACGAAUGGGGUCAUUACUGCUCUCCUCAAUGCACGUCACGAUCAAGAAUCGUCUGUCCAGUAUAAAGCCUAUGCAGCUCUUAGAGAGAUUGAUGAAAAAGCAGCUGCGAAUGACGUCAUUAGUGGUCUCGUCAAUGCACUUCAAGAUCAAGACGAGUGGGUCAGAACGGAUGCCUGUGAAGCUCUUGGAAAGAUUGUCGGAAAAGCAGCAACGAAUGAUGUCAUCAGUGCUCUGCUCAAUGCACUUCGAGAUGAACACUCGAGUGUCCGAUAUGGGGCCUGUGGAGGUCUUCGAAAGAUUGUUGGAAAAGCAGCAACGGAUGAGGUCAUUACUGCUCUCCUGAAUGCACUUCGAGAUGAAAGCUAUGAAGUCAGGGAGAGAGCCUGUGAAGCUCUUGGAAACAUUGGUGAAAAAGCAGCAACGAUUGAGGUCGUUACUGCUCUCCUGAAUGCACUUCAAGAUGAAAGCUAUGAAGUCACGAAGAGAGCCUGUGAAGCUCUUCAAAAUAUUGUUGGAAAAGCAGCAACGAAUGAGGUCAUUACUGCUCUCCGCAAUGCACUUCGAAAUCAAGACUAUCGUGUCAGAUCGGGAGCCUGUGAUGCUCUUGGAAACAUUGGUGAAAAAGCAGCAACGAAUGAGGUUGUUACUGCUCUCCUCAAUGCACCUCGAGGUCAAGUUUCGUGGAUCAAGAGGAAUGCAUCUCAAGCUCUUGGAAAGAUUGGUGAAAGAGCAAAAAUGAGCAUAGUGAUUUGUAACGUGGUUACGGCGAUCAAUGAUGGAUGGAUGGAUAUGAAUGGCAUGGAAGAGAGAGAUUGUUUUGAACGAACGAUUUCUUCCUAUCUUGGUAUGAAGGAAUUAGAGACGGCGAUGAUUAAGAAACUGUAUUUAUGUGUUAUGCACAAGAAUGUUAGGCUGAACGAUAUUGCAUCAGAUCAUUUCAUGACGCUGUUCUUGGAAACAGAGAAUGUUGCUUGGGCCCCUUUUGUUGCAUAUGGUGCCCUGCUGCAAGGCAAUGCGAUUACUAUUACUGAAAAGAAUGGUAUACGUAUGUGCGAUAGUAAAGGUGUAUUGGAAUUUUCGAUUCGUCGACAUGAAUUAUUGGACAGUUUAGUAGAAGCUUGCCGUGAUCUGAAGAGCAGUUUGAUGGGUGGACUCUUAGUUGCUGUCGAACAAAGAGUAAUGCCAUGCUCUCAAUAUCGACCGAUGAAACUGUUUGAGAUUUGA